AUGUCGUCGAUGCGAGGUUUAGUCCAGUUUAUUGCUGACCUGCGAAAUGCAAGAGCGCGCGAAUUGGAGGAGAAGCGGGUGAACAAAGAAUUGGCAAACAUUCGACAAAAGUUCAAGUCUGGAAGCUUGGACGGAUACCAGAAGAAGAAAUAUGUCUGCAAGCUGCUAUACGUCUAUAUCCAGGGUUACGACGUCGAUUUCGGUCACCUUGAAGCUGUCAAUUUGAUAUCCUCGAACAAGUACUCUGAGAAGCAGAUCGGUUACCUCGCAGUAACUCUGUUUCUCCAUGAGGAACAUGAGCUGCUACACCUUGUCGUCAACAGCAUUAGAAAAGAUUUGCUGGAUAACAAUGAAUUGAACAAUUGCUUGGCUUUGCACGCCGUUGCCAACGUCGGUAGCAGGGAGAUGGGUGAAGCGCUCUCAACGGAUGUCCAUCGGUUGCUGAUUUCCCCUACCUCUAAAGCCUUCGUGAAGAAAAAGGCAGCGCUCACCCUCCUCCGCCUAUACCGAAAGUACCCCAGCAUUGUCCAAAAUACAUGGGCGGAGCGUAUAAUAUCUCUGAUGGAUGAUCCGGACAUGGGUGUCACGCUCUCCGUGACAUCCUUGGUCAUGGCAUUGGUCCAGGACAGACCUGAGGAGUAUCGCGGAAGCUACGUCAAGGCUGCUCAACGGUUGAAGAGGGUCGUUGUGGAUAACGAUAUUGCGCCCGACUACCUCUACUAUCGAGUUCCCUGUCCGUGGCUUCAGGUCAAGCUGCUGCGAUUGUUACAGUACUAUCCUCCUGCAGCGGACAGCCAUGUCCGUGAUAUCAUCCGCGCGUCGCUUCAGCAAAUCAUGCAGAUUGCCAUGGACACGCCGAAAAACGUGCAGCAGAACAAUGCCCAGAACGCCGUGCUUUUCGAAGCCAUCAACCUUCUCAUACACCUUGAUACGGAGCACACCUUGAUGAUGCAGAUAUCUUCCCGGCUUGGAAAAUAUAUUCAAUCACGCGAGACUAAUGUGCGCUAUCUUGGUUUAGAGGCAAUGGCUCACUUUGCAGCCAGAGCAGAGACACUCGACCCGAUCAAGAAGCAUCAAAACAUCAUCUUGGGCUCUCUUCGCGAUAGAGAUAUUAGCGUUCGUCGAAAGGGACUCGAUUUGAUCUACAGUAUGUGUGACAGUACCAACGCUGCGCCGAUUGUUAAUGAAUUGAUGCGAUAUCUUCAAUCUGCCGAUUACGCGAUAAGGGAAGAAAUGGUUUUGAAGGUUGCUAUUCUGACGGAAAAAUAUGCCACUGAUGCUCAAUGGUAUAUUGAUGUUACAUUGAAGCUGCUAUCCCUGGCUGGCGACCAUGUUAACGACGAAGUAUGGCAACGCGUGAUUCAAAUUGUCACGAAUAACGAGGAACUACAAGCAUACGCUGCCCAAACACUUCUAACCUAUCUAAAGACCGACUGUCACGAGAGUCUAGUCAAGAUUGGCUGCUACGUUCUCGGAGAGUUUGGACAUUUGGUAGCUGACAACCAAGGGUCAAGCCCUAUCGAGCAGUUCCUAGCUCUGCAGGCCAAGAUAAUGACGAGUACGGACAAUACACGGGCGAUGAUCCUGUCGUCAUUUGUUAAAUUCGUCAAUCUUUUCCCAGAAAUCAAGCCGCAACUUUUGCACAUCUUCCGGCUGUACAGCCAUUCACCGGACCCGGAACUGCAGCAGCGUGCAUUUGAAUACCUGUCGCUGGCGACACUUCCAACCGACGAUCUCCUGCGGACGGUCUGCGAUGAAAUGCCUCCAUUCUCCGAGAGGGCCUCGAUCCUGCUCUCGCGUCUCCAUCAGAAGACUGCUGGUACGACAGACAAGAAGACAUGGGUUGUGGGCGGCAAGGAUGCAAACACUGACGGAGCGGAAAUCUUGAUGGCGCAGAAUACGGGGCUUAAGCGGACAUUCACUACAAUCGUCAACGGUACGCGAACGGGCACCAACGGAACACCCGCUACGUCUAGCGCAUCAGGGGACCUAGCCGGACUAGACCUGAGUGCAGCACCCACACCACCUCCUCCUACAAACAUGGCGAGCGCGGCCAACCUUUCACCGGACUGGGAAAUUGGUUACGACAAGCUGUACUUUGCUGAAGAGGGUGUGUUGUUUGAGGAUGCUCAGAUUCAGAUUGGGUUACGGUCUGAAUUCAGGGGUCAUCUAGGUGUAGUGAAGCUAUACCUAAGCAACAAAGCUUCCUUUCCCAUAGGAUCACUGACUACGACUGUGGAUAAUCAAUCGGCGCCGCAUCUGAGGAUCGACUCAAAGAGUCUCCCAGAGCCUUCAGUACCGGCUGCUGGCCAGACACAGCAGACCCUCUUCUUCGAGGCCAAGGGCCCGUUCUCUGACGCACCCACGAUCCGUAUUUCAUACCUUGCAGGCGCACUCCAAGCCUAUACCUUGCAACUUCCAAUCUUGAUGCACCGGUACAUGGAGCCUUCCAGUCUCUCUGCGGAAGACUUCUUCAAGCGCUGGAGACAAAUUGGCGGAGCUCCCCUCGAAGCGCAAAACACAUUCGGGCUCGUCGCAAAGGCGGGGCCUAUCAGCGAGGGCUUCACAAGACGAACCGUGGAACAAUUUGGCUGGAAGCUCUUGGAUGGCGUGGACCCUAAUAAGACCAACAUCGUGGGUUGCGCCGUGUAUCACUCAGCACAAGGUAAAACGGGAUGUCUUCUACGCCUCGAGCCCAACUAUGACCGCAAGAUGUACCGUGUAACAAUUCGAGCCACACAAGAAGGGGUGCCCCAGGGGUUGGCGCGGCAGAUGGAACAGAGGCUGUCGCGGGGGCCGUUGGCGGAUAGGACAUAUGCUCGAGAACCGCCGCGAGGAAUGAGUCCAAGCGAAGAGUUGGGCUAUUAA